GGAUUUACAAUACGUAUUGUAAGAGUGCAGUAAAGAAGUGUCGUCAUCAAGAACAUGUCAGAAUACACAAAAUGUUAUACUCCCGUAAUCCUAUAUUAAAAUCUCGGUUUUCUGGAAUUGUAAUCGAGGAAAGUUUUUGAGAAACAUAUUCAUUUAUCAGUAUAUAUUGGAGUAUAGUAUGAAGUAUCAGCAGCGAGGACAAUAGAGAUCGACGGCCAUCUAACGAUGAAGUGAAGAACUAUUGUCACAGGUUUCUAGCGUCAUCUAAGAAUUGCAUCAACUUGGAACAAGUCUGUUUCGUGCUCGAGCAGGAUGAUACAGCGGGGCUGGUAACGGGCUGAUCUCGACCGAUUUGCGCACGGUCGAGUGUUAAAAAACGGGAGGGAAAGUGAAAGGUGCGUGUGUUAUUCAAUAUCGCCGGACGUGUUGAACGAAAUUUCAUUUUCGGCGGUGCUCAGCGGCGGCAGGAAAAGCUGCAGCUUGUAAGAUGCAAUAUGGAGUCGUUCUUGGAAUUGUUUGACCCAGAUAGUCACACGAAUGUGAGAAAAGAUACAUGGAAUGACUCUGAAAAUGAAGGAAAUGGAAUGUCGGAUUGUGAGAAUUCAAGCACUGACGACGACCAAGAAGAAAGACUACCACCAGAGCCAGAACAAGGCAAUGUUGAGUACAAAUUAAAGUUAAUCAAUCCAUCUAGUCAACGGUUCGAACAUUUAGUAACACAGAUGAAAUGGAGACUUAGAGAGGGUCAUGGGGAAGCUAUUUACCAAAUCGGUGUGGAAGAUAAUGGAAGACUAACAGGUUUAACAAGAGAGGACAUGAAAGCAUCCUUGAAAACAUUAAAUGAUAUGGCAGCUAGACUAGGUGCAACAACAACUAUAUUGCGUGAAAGGCUUGCCAAUUCUAAAAAUAAAGAUAUAUCCACACACAGUAACAAUAAAGAAGAAAAGCGAGUAGCAGAGAUUUUGGUGAAAAAAUUAAGGAAAGGAGACAGGGAGGAUCAGGAUAGUAUUGUCGAUCUGAGACUUGCUGUGACUGGUGCACAGGAUGCUGGGAAGUCAACUCUCUUAGGUGUUUUAACACAAGGUGAACUAGAUAAUGGUAGGGGAAGAGCAAGGUUAAACAUGUUGCGACACCUUCAUGAAAUAAAAACUGGUCGCACUUCAUCGAUUUCACAUGAAAUCAUAGGGUUCGAUAACGAAGGACAUGUACUGAAUUACGCGGAAAUGGCAACCGCUGAAGAAAUAUGCGAACACGCUUCAAAAGUCGUAACUUUUAUAGAUCUUGCUGGACAUCGUAAAUAUUUAAGAACAACGGUUCUAGGUCUUACCGGAUACUCACCUCAUCACGUCAUGCUAGUCGUAGCGCCACCUAUGAACGAAGCAUCGCAGGAACACAUGGCUUUGUGUCUUACUUUGGGACUUCCAUUCUUCAUAGUUUUAAACAAAAUAGACCUCGGUUUUUGUAGUACCGCAGAAACUACAAGUCAGUUGGAGAAUGCAAUUAGCGCACAAGGUUAUUCUAAACAAUUAGUAAUGUACAACGAUAGUCACGUACCAUGGGAUUAUGAGUCGGAUGUAAUACCAGUGUUCAAUGUAAGUUGCGUCACUGGCGAAGGUUUAGAGGAUUUGACGAAUUUUAUUAAGAAUUUAUCACCUUAUGAUGUCAACUCGACAGAUUCAGAAUCUGAAUCCUGUUUAUUUCAAAUCGAUGAAACGUUCAGGGUAGCAGGUUUAAACGAACCUGUUUUAGGAGGAUUGCUCGUAAAAGGAGCGAUCGCUCCUGGCACUCGACUGCUGGUAGGACCCCUGCCAGAUGGGGAAUUCAGUCCUGUCAAGGUCGUUAGUCUGCAUCGUAAUAAAGCUCCUUGUUGCCUAGUAAGAGCAUCUCAGAGUGCCAGUUUAACAUUGGCACCGCCAAAUAAUCGCAGCCCGCCAUUACCUCAUCUGCGACCGGGAAUGGUUUUGGUAUCAUUGUGGGAUCAACCACACGCGACAUUAUUUUUCCAAGCGACUGUGUUAAUAGUGUACCACGCGACAGCAAUAUUCUCUGGUUUCCAAACGACAGUUCAUGUAGGAAACGUAAGGCAAACGUGCAUCAUUAAGGGAAUAAUGGAUGCGAAUGAUAGAGGUUUGCAGACAAACGACACAGCCUCUGUGCUGUUUAGGUUCGUUAAUCACCCAGAAUAUCUGCAUGUCGGUAUGCGACUUUUGUUGAGGGAGGGUCGCACCAAGGGCAUUGGCAAAAUCACGCAGAUCUUUCCGUUGAUAGGCCAACAAAACAGUAUUCAAUAAGUCGAACGAAAUUUUGCGUGUAAAAAGUAUUAAAUGUUUUAAGUUGUUUCUGAAACAUGAAGCAUUCGGUUAUUCUAACGUGACAUGUCAUUAACGUACAUACCUAGCGUAAGCAUCGUAAAAUCAUUUACGACUUCUUUGGAACAAUCUUUGUACGCGAAGACUUUGCCGUGGUAUUUUAAACAAAAUAUGAAAUAGAUUUCUUCGAUGGGUGUAGAACAUGUACAUAUCAUACGUAGUUGUUCGAUUUGAUUUCGUGUACGGUUCCGUUUCUUUUUCUUGACACAACUGUCAGGAGGAUUUAAGAAUUUUAAAAUACAAUGUAUUUGGGAUUGUUCAAGAUAGUAGCACCGUGAAAGAUGUUAGACAGUAUGUUCGUUUUAUUACGGAUCUACUGUAUAAGAUAAACUGCGAAAAAAUGUUAAAAAAAGUUUUUGCUUUAAGUAUGAAAAAAAGAGACUUGAAAAGAAUGUUUAUGAUUAUUACAGAUUCGUGUUACGAAAUAAAUAUUGUCUCGAUAAUGUGAUGUUUUGCGUGUAACGCUCUAAACGACAAAUUUUGCGUGAGAAUUAUAAGAAAGUGAAAUCCUUAAACAAAAAUUAAAUAUUAUACGUUAUAAACGAAAGUUUAGAGGUAUUAAAAUUUGAAAUACACAGAAUAAAUAUUUUCAUAAUCGAUUACUGACACGUCGAGUAUUACAUAGAACAAUUUUCAGUUUAGAAAUUACCAAAGUUUAAACGAUUCUGUGUAUUGUCAAACAAAAAAAGUGUUGUUUCUGAUAGACGAAGUUACUUAAACACAAGACGGUUGUACUUAAAAUUAAUUGCGUGAAAUUUUUUAUAUAAUUCGACGUUUCAUAUUCUAUAAAAAAAUAUGUCGAAAGUUUCUGUUAUAAAUUGUUAUACAGCCGUCCAAACGAAGAUCUUCAAUUUAUUUCUGUUGCAUUGGAUUAUAGUCUUUGUAUUAUAAACUGUAAUAUAUCUUCAAUAAAAAAAAUUUACAUAU